GUUUAGAGUAGCGUUUGAGCGUAUCCACUCCAGUCUUCAGUGUUCGUCUCCAAUUUCAAAUUCCAAGCGGUCUCUUCCAAUUUUAUUCUUCCCGUCGUCUUCUUCGUUCUUCAUCUUGCCCCAUCUAACUUCCCGAAUUGAGAAGGCUGCAUGGGCAUUUGAAAAGUUCCAUGAUGGAGCGUAAUCUAAAAAAUCAUUCCGAAUCUCCAGUACGUGACCAUGGAUCUCCUCCUAGAAGGAGCCCUUAUAGGAAGAGUCAAUCUCGAACAGAAAGAUCACCUAAUCAACAUAGAAAGUCCCAGAGAGGCAGUUCUCCCGUUAGAGAGAAGCAUUCAAGUCGCCCCAAGUCUCCCAAGCAUGCAAGGUCGCCCACUCCUCCUCCUUGCUCUCCUUCUCGCACCAAAUGGUUAAGAAGAGCUCAAGCUGGAAGAGUGCCUGAGAGAGAACAUGAAAGGAAGAAUGGUAGGGGGAUCGGUAGGGAUUUACAGGAGGGGGGUCCAGAGAGAGAAGUUGGGAGUGAUAGAAAUGAGAAAUUGUCGGGAAGGGAUCAUACCAAUGGUAAAUCUUCAAGAUCAAGGCAUGUUACCUCUCCAUCAGAUCGACACCGGAGGAGUAGGCAUAGAUCUCCCUCACCUCAACAUCCUGAUGAAACAAAAUAUGGAGAUAAAGUAAUUGAGGGCCGUGAAAGAAAUCAUCACAGAGGGAGUGAUAGAAGUAUGCAAAGGGAAAAGGGCUCAGAUAGGGAAAAUGAGACUGAAGGAAUGGAGAGAGGGACAGAAAAAGACAGUUCUGGUCAUAGAUCUUCAAGAUCGAGACAUGGGGAGUCUACUUCACCAUUGAAUGGACACCAGAAGAAAAAACACAAAACUCAGUCGCCUCGACAAGCUGCAGAUACCAGAGCUCACUAUGAGGUACCAGAGUCAAGGGAAGCUGAGCAUGGAAUUGAUGAGAAUGAUUCAGUAGCAAUGAUGAGAGCUGCUGAGGAGGCCUUGGAAGCACAGAAAAAGCAAAAACCUUCAUUUGAGCUAUCUGGAAAGCUUGCUGCGGAAACCAAUAGAUUCAGGGGUAUAACACUAUUAUACACUGAGCCAGCAGAAGGACGGCCACCUCGUGUAAAAUGGCGGCUUUAUGUUUUUAAGGGUGGUGAAGCUUUUAAUGAACCCAUUAAGAUACAUCGCCAAAGCUGUUACCUUUUCGGGAGGGAAAGAAGGGUGGCAGACAUCCCUACGGAUCACCCGUCCUGCAGCAAGCAACAUGCUGUUCUACAAUUCCGGCAAGUAGAAAAGGAGCAACCAGAUGGUACAUUGUCAAAGGAAGUCAAGCCUUACGUAAUGGAUCUUGGAAGCACAAAUAAAACUUUUGUCAAUGAAACUGCAAUUGAACCUCAGCGAUAUUAUGAACUUAUGGAAAAAGACACGAUUAAAUUUGGUAAUAGUAGCCGAGAGUAUGUUCUACUGCACGAGAAUUCUAUGGAUUGACAGGUAAAAUUGGCUACUGCAAAUUGCCUCCCGCAGAGAUGUAUGGAACUACUUCUGUUUGCUUGGCUAACCAGUUGUAUAGAAAUGACUAAAUUUCAUGACGCCCAUCGAUUCUGAAUAUAUAUAUUUUAUUUUUUAGAUGUUGGAAAGGACGGAUGGUAUGUUAUAUCUCAUCUUUUUGUGUAAUUCAUGAAAUCAGAUACUCCA